AUGGCCCGCGCCCUGCUGCUGCUGCUGCUGGCCUGCCCCUGGCUGGGCCCGCGGCCGGCGCGGUGCCAGGAGGCGCCGCAGACCCCCGACUGGCGGAUGACGCUGAAGACCAUCCGCAACGGGGUGCACAAGAUCGACGUGUACCUCAACGCGGCCCUCGACCUCCUGGGCGGCGAGGACGGCCUCUGCCAGUACAAGUGCAGCGACGGAUCAAAGCCCUUUCCUCGCUAUGGAUAUAAACCGGCACCACCAAAUGGUUGUGGAUCCCCUCUAUUUGGAGUUCAGUUUGACAUCGGUAUCCCUUCGAUGACAAAGUGCUGCAAUCACCACGACAGAUGCUACGAUACUUGUGGCAAUACAAAAAAUGAUUGUGAUGAGCAGUUUCAGUCCUGCCUCUCCAAAAUUUGCAGAGAUGUGCAGAAAACGCUUGGAAUCUCAGAGAGUGUCCAGGCUUGUGAAUCAACUGUUCAGCUGUUGUUUGAUGCGGUUAUACAUUUAGGAUGUAAACCAUACCUGGAUAGCCAGAGAGCUGCAUGUAUGUGUCGUUAUGAGGAUAAGACAGAUCUCUGAAAGAAGAUACUGAGAUCUCAUGGUGUAGAAUAAAGUCAAAGACUCAGCUGGAAUGAAGCAAGUGUUUGGUUACAAAGCUUUAUGCUUUUCAGACAGUAAUAUAUUAAACACUGACAUGAAUAUACUGGUUUGAAAGUCACUAUGAUAUUCUUCCUAAUGUAAAAAAGAAACAAGUCUUCCUUCUCUUCCCCUUGAAGCCAGAAGCCUGGAAACUGAAAUUAGUUUCCUUUGGUGUAUGUCCACUCAGGGUAUGCUAUCGUAAAACACUACUGCCAUUUUAAAGUUUUUAAGAAAACCCCAUAAUGGGGAAAUCAGAGGCACAGAAGAGUUGUAUUGAAUUAUCAGAUGAUUUUUAAUGUAGGUCAAAUUUUACGUUUACUAGUAGUUGAUGCAUCUGAUAGACCAACAGGAAGGAGCAUUUUGUGUGUGUUAAUAUGGUAUCUUAAAUAGCCUGUACUUUCAUGCUUGUGGUACAACUGCCUUCAGUUCUCUCUGAUUUUUGCUGUCCCAUGCGUUUGUUUUUUAAAAAAAACAAAACCAAACAAAAAACCCCAAGCCCUUAGCAAGGGUAUACAUCUGCACUACAUAUUUCUACCUGACUGUGUAUCAACCUUACUUCUGCAGCACGUUUCAGAUCAAAUAUGUUGAUCCUUUCAAGGCUUGACCACUAAAAUGAACAGUUUGCAACCUAGGGAUAUACUUUUGAUUUGACAAUAUGGUGGAAUGUAGUUGCUAUGUUAUUUUAAAAAUGAAUCAAAUGUUUAUUUUUCAAAUAAAACAUUUUGUGUUGUGUAUUAUAUGCAUAGAAAGGAUAUAUUGUUCAAAGAAGUUGAUUUAUAUUUGUCUUGUGGCACAACUUGGUUACUGUAUUCAUCUUUGCUUUCAUUUAGUCCAUUCUGAUGAAAACUAAAAGAAAGUUCCACAGUUAGGGUCAGUAUGUCAAACAAACCUUUUUAUUUAAAAUGCCCUCUGUGAGGCUGGCAGAUGUUUGAACCUGUACUUCUGUCAUCUGUUCCCUCUCUGACUUCUCUAGCUGAAAUCACCUGAUGUCUGAAUUAUUUGGGGUUUGUUCUCUGUACUGAUCUUUCAUUGCUCAUCUCCAGUUGUCAGUCCUUAGUUUAUUUUUGCAUUAGGUCCUCUGUCAUAAAGAUUUUGAUUUGCUCUCCUGCUGCCCUGAUUCUGCCUUAGAAAUCCACAGGAGGAGAGGACUGAAAAUUAAAAUACUGCAUCUGUGAACAGGGAGUGGAAACCAUGCUAAAAGCCUAAAAUUUACGAGAUUCAUGGACUAUAAUGUAAUUUCUCCUCUGGAAGUACUUUUAUAUGUUUUUUCUUUACCAGUUGUUUGUCUUAUUUUUGUUUGUUUUUCACUAGAGCUUACUGUACAUGACAGUGAAUUUAAGUGCCUCAUAGAAUAAAGUUCCUGCUAAAGUU